AUGUACUUUGACUGGGUGCUUCUCUCGAUGGCCGCCAUCGGCGCCCUCUUUCUCUCGAGCGCAACGACCAUCGGUGCGCUCCACAUCUCGGCCGACGAGCGCCAUAAGCUCUCGCAUGACUUGACGCUCUGGCAACAAAAGUUUGGCCACGACGACCACGUGCGCGCGGCCAUGAAGCUGGUGCGAGGAACCUUGACGACCGACGAUCUCCUCCGGCGCUUGAAGGCGGCCAAGGACCGGCUUCCCGCUCUGCAGGCGGCCAACCCACACGCCACCUUUAGCCACUUGACCAAGUUUGCGCUGCUCACGGACAACGAGUUUGCUCAGUUCGUGUCGUCGUCGUCAUCGCCGCGCUGUCAGCGGCAUCGUCGUUAG